CCUCCUAACCACGCGAGGAAGGCGCAGAGGAGAGCAGAGCAGAGGAGAGUAGUCAGACAUGCUCAGCUCCGUGCAGUUUUUGCUGCCUCUCACCACGCAGAACCCUAACCCUACAUCCAAUCGUCUCCUCCCUUCUAUCACCUACUCAAAAACUCUCAUUCCUAACUUCAACAGCCUAACCUAUUUAUCAUAUUGUUCCUUCCGAUGCUGCAUCCCAAACCCAGGCAAGCCCCUUUAUUGCUCCACUCAUUGUAAAUUCUCCAAUUCCCUUGACGUUCAUGUAUUCAGUAAGAGAAUCUUCCGCCAGAAGAUUUGUUGCGGAGGCGGCGGCUGGGAAUCUGAUACUGAGCCAGCGGUGGUGCAUAAGGGCAAUGGAGGUGAAGGCAGUGGUGGGGAUGGAGGAGGGGAAGGAGAGGAGGAAGCGCCAAAGAAGAAGGGUUUGCUACCGGAGUGGGCUAAUGUUACUACGGAAGAUGCUAAGACUGUGCUUGCAGCUUUGGCGAUUUCUUUAGCUUUCAGAUCCUUUGUGGCCGAGCCGCGAUACAUUCCUUCUCUUUCAAUGUAUCCUACAUUUGAUGUUGGAGACCGCGUUGUGGCCGAAAAGGUUUCAUACUACUUCAGAAAACCAUGUGUAAAUGACAUAGUGAUCUUUAAGAGCCCACCAGUGUUACAGGAGGUUGGAUAUACCGAUGAUGAUGUUUUUAUAAAGAGAAUUGUGGCCAAAGCUGGGGACGUUGUGGAAGUACAUAAUGGUAAAUUGAUAGUGAAUGGCACUGUAAAGGAUGAAGGGUACAUCCUUGAGGCACCAUCUUAUGAUAUGAGUCCCACACAAGUGCCUGAAAACUCAGUAUUCGUAAUGGGCGACAAUCGCAACAAUAGCUAUGAUUCGCACGUAUGGGGACCACUUACCAUCAAAAAUAUUUUAGGCAGAUCAGUAUUCCGCUACUGGCCACCAAAAAGAAUUGGAAGCACAGUAAUUGAUCCAAUUUGUGAGGGUGUUAAUGAGCAAAAGAGCAGUCCAGCCACAUUAAGAACAGCAAAAUGAAAAUUUGCCAAUUGAGGUUUGUCUCCUCUUUUCUUGCGCAAAUUAAAUUGUUUGCAUCUGUCUUUGGAUGAAAGUUGCCACUUUGUAGCAGGGAGCAUUUUUAUCUGUUAUUCUUAUUAAUGUAUUUGAUUAAAUUUCAUGGGCCUAUUUUAUGUUGGCUCUAUAAAUUAGCAAUUUUAUGGUAAUUGAGAAAAGAUAAAAAAAAGAGGCUUAAGUUUGGAAUUGC